UAUAUAUUUUUUUUUGUACAGACAUGUUAUGAGAAAAAGGCAAUUUGAAUCAGAAACUAAAUUUGAUGUUGUUGAUUUAGAUCCUUAUGGAUGCCCAACAAAUUUAUUAGAUCCAGCUGUAUGUAGCCUUGCUGACAAUGGGUUGUUGUUAGUCACUUGCACUGAUAUGGCUGUCUUAGCUGGUAAUACACCAGAAUCGUGUUAUGCCAAAUACGGUUCAAUAUCAUUAAGAUCUCCAGCUUGUCAUGAAAUGGCAUUAAGAAUUGUUUUGCAUACAAUUACAAAUGUGUGUACUCGAUAUGGUCGUUAUAUGGAGCCAUUAUUAUCAAUAAGUGCUGAUUUUUAUAUAAGGGUAUUUGUAGUUAUACGUACUAGUCCUUUUAUGUGUAAAUCUGUGUCUAGCAAAAUGUCAACAGUGUAUAAGUGUAGAGGAUGUAAUAUGACAACUUUAUUGCCAUUGGGUUCUGCUAAAUCAGAUUCAAAAAAUAUGAAAUUCAAUCUUUUGUCUGGUCCACCAGUUGACAAAAAAUGUGAACAUUGUGGAUUUCCUCAUUUAGUGGGAGGACCUAUAUGGACAGGUCCUUUGUAUAACACUGAAUUUCUCAGUAAAUUGUGCAAUUACAUAAAAACUGAAGAAGCUGAAAAAAAAUUUAAUACUAUUAGGCGAAUGAGAGGAAUGUUGGGUAUGAUGCAAGAAGAAUUACAAGAUAUUCCGCUGUACUAUACAGUACCAUCACUUACCAACACUGUUCAUUGUGAAGCAAUGCCAUUGAGAUACUUUUUUUCUGCAUUAGUGGGUGCUGGAUACCGUGUGUCUUCAUCCCAUUGUGCACAAAAUAGUGUUAAAACUGACGCACCUCAAUCCGUUGUUUGGGAUGUCAUUAGAACUUGGGUUCAAACACAUCCAGUAUCUGAAAAACGACUACAAGACUCUGUUGCAGCUAGAUCAAUUUUGUCAAAACAACCUGAAACUGAAAUAAUUUUUGAUAAAAAAUAUAAUACGAUACCAAAAUCAUUGCAGGGAUUAGUACGUUAUCAACAGAAUCCUGCACCAUACUGGGGACCAGGAACUAAAGGAAAUUCAAAACAAAAAGUUAUCUUGAGUGCUUCAGAAGUCGAAAGUGAAACGGAUAUCAAAUGUUCUAAGUAGUUAAAUUUUGUAUGUAUCCUGAAUAAUUGUUUGUUAUAACAGAUUAUUUUUAUAAUAUAAACUCUAGUUAAUAGGUACUGCGUUAAUUUAUGGAAUUUAAAUUUACAUUGACGCUAUUGUUUUAAAAUAUCCAUUAUCAGUCAUUAGUGAUUAAUGAUUGUAUUUUAUGUAUGUAUCGCUUACUUUACUGAACCAAUAUUAUUAAAGAUUACAAAUCGAAUAAA